AUGGACAGGAUGAAGAGUCUCAAAGGACUCUGGCAGACCUGGACUGACUCCAGUCUGCACCACCCAUCCUCCCAGCGCAACUCACUCUUCAUACCGUUAAGUAACAAGAGUACCGGCCCCAAUGCUUAUUCUGGAAGCGACAUAUGGACUCUCGACCAGUCGGUCGAGUUCUACCGCACUUUCAAUGUCGACGGGGAGCUGGGGUUUGCGGGUUGGUUGACGCACAAGACACACCGACAUCGUUCCAUUUUCAACCCGCCGAGCUCUGUGCCGACGGUAUCCUGCCUCAGCCUCCGCGUAAGAGCGGACAUCUCGUUGGACGAGUCAGUAGAAGACCGAGAGAUUCUCAAAAGGUCACACCGCACGGAAGUUGAAUCCUAG